AUGCCUACUCUUCGAGAACGCAAGAACCCCAGCUCGGGAACCAAGGUCCACCCGGGCAAAAAUGACCCAGUUCAUCGUGAAGCAGCCGGACUCGUUGCACCGGAAUCACUCGCCGCGGAAUCAGUCGAGCACGGCGGCGAGUUCGCACAGAAUCGCAAUGUUCAGCAAGAGGGCGUUGAAAGCUCCGGCCUAAAAACCCAGUCCGGUCGCGAAGGCGGUGAGGCGCCGGGCUACGUGGCAGAUCAAUACAUCAAGGAUACAAAGGGCCCUCAUGGGAAGAACAUCAAAGAAGGUGUUGAUGAAGGCAAGGCAGGAGAGAAAAAUGAUGGGCUUCAGAGGGCGUUGAGGUCGGAGCCGGGGAGUGAGGACGAUCCGAGCAGGUUGGCGGAAGCGCAGAUGUUUCAGAAGGGGAGUUUGGGAGCGAGGGGGGCUGGGCCGAGACAGAGCCAUUUGGAGGGGGAGACUAUUUAUGACAAGUUGGAUAGCGAGACUUCAUCAUGGCUUCGUCAUUUAUUCGACCGAUUUCAUUCCAGAAUAUUCACUUUUCGGGAGAAUCACCAUCCUGAAGACGGGUCUUUUUACGGCAAGACAUACGAAGACAUGCCCGUUAUACCGGAGGAGAAGUCAUCGCUUCGACCGCCACGACCAUCAGACGUUGAUUCAGGGAAGCAGAACAGCAUAUCAGGUCCAAAACAAGAAGAAGAGGCUCGGAGAGAUGCGUCCAGAAAUACAAAUGUGCCGUCUGAGCAGGAUGUGGAAGCUGAAGAGAUGGAGCAUCAGCGAUAUGGCGAGGCGCAACCGCAGCUUGUGCCGACGGACAUGAUUGAGACGAUGAUAUCAGCGCAGGGGCGGAAGAAGGAGAGUCCCAACGACGGAUGA